AAUGCCAGCUCUCCGAUACACAUUGGAGUGGAUCUAUCAGUUUGUUAUUUUCCAAGAUGAAACACAUUUUAUAUUUCGGCAAUGUGCAUCGGCUUUAAUAGCAUUGCUUGCAACUAGCAAUUCAAUUCACAGUUUAUCGGACAAACUGGGUCUUUGCUUUUCAAAGUGGUUUUCAAUGGCAACACAGUAUGGAAAUCUGGAGCUAUCACAAGUUGUAUUGCUCGCCACGUGCCUCAAUGCAAUCAAAAUUCCGGAUGCAUUUCGUGAUUUCCUCACUCCAUACUUGUCAAAUUUUUUAGCAUCGUCAUCAUAUCAAAAUAUGUGCAUAUCAUUGUCAAAAACGUCGGGACUAUUUUCAUCAUAUCGAUUUCGUCAGCAAGAUCACAAGCCACUGCCACAUUUGAAUUCGAUAGUAUACAACACACAAAAUACGCCAGUUUUCAUUGUGUCGGAUCGACCAACCAUUUAUUUUAUCAGUAGUUUAGUUCGAUUUUAUAAUAACACCAAAUGGCCUGAUAAGGGUUCAUGGUUAAACGAUGGCAUUCUCAAGUAUAUCGAACAAUUUUCGCAUAACACUGAAUUCAAACUUUCAUUUAAUUGGUUCUUGAGACAUGAAAUUUUAUUCGUUUUGGACUUGCUGAAAUCGACAUUGAUGCAACAAAAACUUGACAAAUCAAUUCAACUUCAAAUUGCAUACAAGGUACUCAUUUGUUUAACUGAGUUACAGAUCAACGAGGUUCUGCAUAUUUUUAGUCAAUUCAUUUUCAACAUUGACAUGUAUGCGCAAAACAUGAAUUUGACGGUCGAAACAAUGGAUAAGCUCAAGUCAACGUACGGUAAACUCUGCGUGGAAUGUUAUCUCAAUAAUGCCAAUUCCCAGGUAAAAAUUGAGAACUUCGAUCGAAUUCCGCUAUUGUCAAGUGAUUGGCCCGGUAUGUUACUGCUGAAACUAUACCAAACACCCGAUGACGGAGAAGAUUGGCUAUAUUUACCGGAAAAAGAGACUAUUUGGACGACGAUCACAUUUUUAUCACUUUUAAAUUCCAACAAUAUCAAAGUGCUUAGCCCGACCGAACAAUUUGUGUAUACCAUGAUUGCAUUUUUGGGAAAGGAAAAUGUUUUCCUGGAGUCCGAUAUGAAAACACUGCUUGCCAACUUUGUCCAGUUAACAUUCAAGUCACAGCAGCCAUUGAACUUUAAUUCAAAAUUCAGUGGGAAAUUUAACUUUGAGAACCUUUACAUAUCAUUUUUGGACCAGUUUCAAGGAUCCAGUUAUGGAGAUAACACAUUUUCUCGUUUGGUCAUGGCCCCAUUGGCACAAAAACAUAACAUUAAAUGGAGACAAAUGAUUUGGUCGGAACAUGUGCAUGUUUUGCGUUUUGUAACCUGCACCGAAGAUGAGUUAAUUGGUGAGCUGAAUGAUUAUCUGGAACCACCCGAAACUGAUGUUUUGUUGAUCAAAAGCUAUUUCCAAGCAAUAAAUUCAAAUUGUUUGCUACCAAAUUCGGCUCCAUUUAGAAUUGCUCAACAUCAUUAUAACAUGUAUAAAGCAAAGACAUCUCAAGAUACACCAAAUGCAAUGGAAACAUAAAACGACAGCAAAUUGUUUUUUUUUUUUUUUGCAAUGACAGUCUUAUUAAUUUCGUGUUAACCCAAAAUGUAAUAAAAUAAAACUAUUUGAUGCGUUACUCGUUUAAAGCCAAUACGACUUUAACUACCCGUAUUAGAAGAAUUCACGCUUCGUGUACACUCGGCACAUCUUCGGUACUUAGGCGAAUAUCAGCAGUAGAAUUCACUGCGACAUGGUCAAAAACAUCAAGUAGUCAUAUGUAAAUGGUUCCUUCUCUUUUGUGCGAACUUUCUUUGACUGUGUAUAGCUGUGAUACAAACACAUGCAUUAGAUGCACGACAGUUCGCACUGAACUCAACGGCUGAUAUUCCGUAAAGCAGCGAUGAUGUGCCGAGUAUACACGAAGCGUGAAUUGUUCUAAUACGCGUUACUGAAGUCGUAUUGGCUUUAAACGAGUAAAAACUAAUAAAACACGCAUAAUCGAAUCACGUCAUAA